CUCCACCUGGCAGCUUGGGGGUAUUGGCCGGGAUAAACAGCCGGCCAUCCUCCACAAUACAUAAACAACUCAUGACUCUCAGGUCCAAUCUGCAGAUAUUACACUGCCAUGUGCCUAAUACUGGCAGAGCUGGCUUUGAUCCUGAAGUGGAUUAGGUUGGUUUGAAAAUGGGUCAACGAAUACAUUUUUUGAAAUACACACAGCAAUACUAUUUACAGUUUAUUAAAGGUUUACACGACAGUUCAUUCUUGUAUAACAUUAUUAUGGACUGUUCUGAAUAUUAAAUUCAUUUAUAAACAUACUGUUAUACAAGCAGAUGCCCUUCUCUGUAUUAUCUAUAAAAAGCAGUGUUUUGUGACUGGUGUGACAUUGGUGUUAUUAAUCUCAAAAUCAUUAUGCAUUACUUAAUAAACAAUUGGAUGAGCAGAUAAUUAAAACAGAGGAAAAACUUAAAAUGUGAGUUUACAUUUUCAUGAAAAGAGAAUUCUUAAGAGUAAUUGAUAAGCCUAAUAUGUAAAGCUAAGAAUGACAAAUGUUAUGAUGGGAGAGUGAUAAUCCACAGGCAAUGUGGCACAUAGAUUCACACAUGAAGGAAUUGUUAAAACUGCCUGUAUGAAAUUAAUAACCAAUUACAUUUCCCACAUGCAAUAUAAAUUUAUGCAAGAGGUUUUCCAUGCCACUAAGCUUUUGUUCAGCAGUUUUAUCAUUAAGCUGACUUCCUGAAAGAGAAAUUGUUUUAAAUUUAUAUCCCAGGGUAUUUUGAUUGUGACUAAAGUAUCUCCAUAAAUUAAUCAAAUUUCAACUUGUCCCCAGUGCUCAUAACACUCAUGACCAUACUUCACUUUUUAAUAGGCUGCAAUAUGGCUUGGCUUUACUCUGGUAAACCGUUAGGGCAUCACAAACGUGAACAUCACAGUUGAAAAAGAGUGAAAAUGAAGAGCAGUUUUGCUCCAUUCAAUUGAAUGACGAAGAAGAAGUGAGUUCAGGUGGUGCACAGUAUGAGGACAGUAAUAAACUCGCAUAUUGUGUGACUGAUGUGCCUCCCUGGUAUCUCUGCAUCAUUCUUGGGACACAGGUUACCUAUUCUCCAGGGUGGUACAUUUGCUUUUUUAACACCCACACUUGCUGUUCUCUCAAUGCCUGAAUGGAAAUGCCCAGCUUGGACUAGCAAUGCAAGUCUUGUGAAUACCAGUGAUCCAGAAUAUAUUGAAAUCUGGCAAACAAGGAUACGGGAGCUACAGGGAUCUAUCAUGGUUGCCUCCUGUUUCCAGAUCUUUGUAGGAUUCUCUGGUCUCAUCGGCCUACUGAUGAGCUUUAUUGGACCAUUGACUAUUGCACCCACCAUCUCUCUCAUUGGGCUUUCACUGUUUGACUCAGCUGGUAAUGAUGCUGGGAAACACUGGGGAAUUGCAGCCAUGACUACAUUUCUCAUUGUGCUGUUCUCUCAGUAUCUACGGCAUCUGCCAAUUCCACUUCCUACUUACAGCAAAACCAAAAAAAUUCACUUCACUCGAGUAUACAUCUUUCAAAUUCUACCAGUUCUCCUUGGAAUCACCAUGUCUUGGCUUAUCUGUUACAUACUCACGGAAUAUAAUGCCUUGACAUCAGAUCCCCUGGCCUACGGCUACCAGGCACGGACUGAUCUCAAAGGAAAUGUCAUUGGUAGAGCACCUUGGUUUCGAUUCCCCUAUCCAGGUCAGUGGGGUAAGCCAACUGUAAGUGCAGCUGGGGUGUUUGGAAUUCUGGCUGGUGUGGUUUCUUCCAUGGUAGAAUCAGUUGGGGAUUACCAUGCUUGUGCUCGACUCUCUGGUGCUCCUCCCCCCCCCAAACAUGCCAUCAAUAGGGGAAUAGGAAUUGAAGGAAUUGGAUGCCUCCUGGCAGGUGCAUGGGGGACAGGAAAUGGGACCACCUCCUACAGUGAAAAUGUAGGAGCACUUGGGAUCACCAAGGUUGGUAGCAGGAUAGUAAUUGUAGCCAGUGGAUUCCUAAUGAUAAUAAUGGGACUGUUUGGGAAGAUUGGCGCUAUUUUUACAACAAUUCCCACUCCAGUUAUUGGAGGCAUGUUUCUUGUAAUGUUUGGAGUAAUAACUGCUGCUGGAAUUUCCAACCUUCAGUAUACAGAUAUGAAUUCAUCAAGGAAUAUCUUCAUCUUUGGAUUCUCCAUGUUUUGUGGACUGGUUAUUCCAAAUUGGGUUAUUAAGAACCCAUCAUCGGUUGAGACAGGAGUGGUUGAGCUUGACCAGGUCAUUAGAGUUCUGUUGACUACUGGCAUGUUUGUUGGGGGCUUCUUUGGCUUUGUCUUGGAUAACACUAUUCCAGGUUCAGCACAAGAACGGGGAAUCUUAACUUGGAAGCAGAUCCACAAAGAUGAUUUAGAUGAAAUUUUGGUACCAUCAGAGGUUUAUGACUUUCCCUUUCACAUUGGGUCUCAACCAUGUUUUGCUUCAUGGAUUCGGUUUAUUCCAUUUUGUCCCAAAAGCAACCAUGGCAAUUCAAAAAAGGAUCAAGCUGACAUACUGGAAACUGUUAAAGAAAAUGACAUAAACAAAAAAGUAAACCUGGCACAAUCUGUUCAUGACACACCACUCUAAAUGAUAUAGUGCUGUUAUCAGUUAUGUUCUAGACUAUACAGAAAAUAUGUAUUCUUUUUUUAAUGGUCACAUUAAACGGUUGAACAAUUAAAGAAGGAAACAAUCCAUUAUCUUGCCUAUUUAAUCCAAUUCAUCUUGCAGGGAGGCUAGAGCCUUAUGACAUGAGCAAAAACAGGACAGGACAGCACUCAGAAAAUACAAUAUUAUUUUAAAUGUCCUAAAAAAUCCAAGAAAUAUGGAAGAGGAAGAAAUGAAAA